GUUCCUCCUCCUCCUCCAAUCUAUCUGACUCUGAACCGGUUACGGGAACGAAGGUGAUAUUACCCCCGUGGACUCGUACCCAACAGCCUGUGCCUUUUUCACACGAUGUGAAGUACCAUUUCUGGGGGCUUACAGCUUCCUCUGCUUCGUACUUUGCGAAUUUUGACCAAGCACAGCUGUACCGAUGGCUCCCACCGUGCCCGCUCCUUUCUCCGAACCACUCCUCCCUCAGCUUGAUCUUCCUUCGAAUCCCUACUGGACCGAGAAGCAUCACCGCCUGAGAGCUUUUGUGCGUGAAUAUGUAGACACCAACCUAGCACCAUAUGCUCAAGAGUGGGAGAUCGCGGGCCAGGUGCCAGAGAGCGUCCGUCUGCGGCACUGUCAGCUGGGCUUCGCCAUUGUCAACCCCGUAAUCGACCCGGCUGAUGCAGGUGGGCUCGAGCACCCUGCUGGGAUACCUUUUGAAGAAUGGGACACUUGGUGCAGCGUCAUCGUUGGUGACGAGUUCGCUCGUCUCGGGUGGUGCGGACCUAUCUGGGGUCUGGGAGGCGGGAAUGGCAUUGGAUGUCCUCCGAUAAGCAGGUUUGGCACCAAGACGCAAAGGCAAAAGUGGUUACCGAAGGUUGCACGAGGAGAAUUCAGGUUCUGCCUCGGAAUCACCGAGCCCGAUGGGGGGAGUGAUGUCGCGAGUAUCAAGACCACGGCACAAAAAGAUGGGUCAAUCUAUAGAGUAUCCGGGCAGAAGAAAUGGAUAACAAAUGGCAUAUGGUGCGAUUAUUGCACAGCAGCUGUUCGAACUGGAGGGCCAGGGCAUGGUGGUAUCAGCUUGCUGGUCGUCCCGUUGAAAGCGAAGGGGGUCACUUUGAGAAGGAUAGAGAAUCAAGGAGUUCAUGCUAGCGGCUCUACCUUCAUCGACUUCGAUGAUGUGGAGGUCCCGGUCGAGAAUCUCAUCGGUCGCGAGAACCAUGGCUUCCAGCUCAUCAUGUCCAACUUCAACCCGGAGCGGCUCAGUCUGGCCACCGCCGCCGUUCGACUCGCUCGAGUCUGUGCCCAAGACGCAUAUAAUUAUGCUUGCGAACGAGAGACGUUUGGAAAGCCCUUGGUUGAGCAUUCGCCAAUCAAGACGAAGAUUGCCACAUUUGGCCUCCUCAUCGAGCCUGUGCAGGCUUUCCUUGACCAGCUCUGCUAUGUCAUCGAAACGUCACGCGUCACCGGCAGGGAAGUCAAUGUUGGAGGAAUGACAGCAUUGCUCAAAGUCAUGAGCACGAGAUGCCUCGAGCGCGUCUGUCGAGAAGCUCAACAGAUAAUGGGUGGAGCAGGAUAUACCAAGACUGGCAAAGGUGCUCGAAUUGAGCAGAUCAGUCGUGAUGUGCGCGUACACGUGGUGGGAGGCGGCAGCGAGGAGAUCAUGCUCGAUCUUGCUGUUCGUCAAGAGGCUCGAGACGUGAAGCUGAGGGCCAAGAGACUUGCAGCAUCGAGAUUGUAGACAUGUUCAGCCAAGCCCAAGCUCAGUCUUCUUACCCGCGAUCAUUUCGAUAGCUUCUUCUUUUGUUGCCUUGCGAUGAUUAAAUUGCCAUUGGGCAAGAACA